GGCAGUUGGUGGAGUUUGGGCGGAAGCGGCGCGCGGUGACAGCUGGGAAGUUGAACCUCAAUACGCUCAAAUACAGGAAGAGAACGCAGACGAGGAGCCCGUAACACACCCAUUCCACAUCAAAGACUAAAGCUAGGACAACGGUAACAUUUCUCAGACGGUAACGGUAUGGCAGAGCUGGUGGGUCUAGUGCAGCGUCUGGAGGUGGCUGUGGGCCGUCUGGAGGCCAUGUCUAGUUCUGGGGGUGGAGGCGGUCCUGCUGCUGCAACUGGAGUGGUGUCAGCGUAUGUUGAAGCCUAUGACAAAUUGCUUUCUGGCCCUGUGGCUCAGUACACUGCUCUCAGUCAGAAGAUAGGGGGUGAUGUCCAGAAGCAUGCUGAGUUGAUGAAGCAGGCCUUUUCCUGUCAAAGACAGCUUCUGGUCACUGCGUCCAGCUCUCAGAAACCUUCUGAUUCUGUCCUGACCUCUCUGCUGGCCCCCGUGUCUAAAAUAAUCCAGGAGGUGCAAGCGUUCCGUGAGAAGAACCGCUCCUCACCUCUCUUCAACCACCUCUCCGCUGUCAGCGAGAGCGUUCCCGCCCUCGGCUGGGUUGCCAUGGCACCAAAGCCGGGUCCCUAUGUGAAGGAGAUGCAGGACGCUGCCAUGUUUUACACGAAUCGUGUACUCAAGGAUUACAAGGAAAAAGAUAAGAUGCACGUGGAGUGGGUCAAUGCCUAUGUGUCCAUUUGGACCGAGCUGCAGGCCUACAUCAAGCAGCACCACACCACUGGACUGAGCUGGAGCAAGACUGGUCCGGUUGCCUCUGGAGGUGCCCCGAGUGGAGGAGCACCAGCCCCGCCUCCCCCAGGUCCUCCUCCACCCCCCAUGGACUUGGACAAAUCAUCAAGUGGAGGCUCUGGAGCUACCAGUCACAAUGCUCUUUUCGCCUCCAUCAACAAGGGAGCAGAUAUCACUAAAGGACUGAAGCAUGUGUCUGAUGACCAGAAAACCCACAAGAAUCCUACACUCAAAGCCCAAGGAGGUCCUUUGCCUUCUGGACCCAAACCCUUCGCUGCUCGGCCCACAGCAGCCGCCAGCCCGGCCCGCACUCUGCCCCCGGUGCUGGAGCUGGACGGCAAGAAAUGGAAAGUGGAAAAUCAGGAGGGUGCCCAAGGCCUUGUGAUCAGUGACACAGAACUAAAGCAGGUGGUUUAUACUUAUAAGUGCAACAACAGCACUUUACAGGUGAAGGGGAAGAUCAACUCCAUUACUCUAGAUAACUGUAAGAAAUUGGGUCUUGUCUUUGACGAUGUUGUGGGUAUUGUCGAGGUGAUCAACUGCAAAGAUGUUAAGGUCCAGGUUAUGGGUAAGGUGCCAACCAUCUCCAUCAACAAGACGGAUGGCUGCCAUGUGUACCUGAGCAAGGACUCUCUGUCGUGUGAAAUCAUCAGCGCUAAGAGCUCCGAGAUGAACGUGCUGGUGCCAAACAAAGAUGGAGAAUAUACUGAGAUCCCAGUCCCUGAACAAUUCAAAACCGUAUGGGACGGUAGCAAGCUGGUCACCACAGCAACCGAAAUUGCAGGAUAAACGACCAGGUUUUCAGAGACCACCCCCAUUGCAGUGUCCUACCUGACUGACCAAUGAGCUUAAACUACAAAAUAGAAUGGAAUGUCAACCAGGUCCACUCUCCUAUCAGCCAAUCACAGCGGCAAUCUUCCUUCAGAUAGUGACAUGACUGCUUGCUUACCACAAGAACUUGCUCAGUCAGCUGCAGGGCUCCAUUCUCUUCUUCUAUUCCAUUGAUCUAAAACAUUAGGACUUGAAAUUUAUUGCCAACUGUUAAGAUUUUUUGUUGUUGUCGUCUUGCAGCCAUUCGAAGCAAAAGUCUUUUUAUCGUAUUUUGUAUUUUGAAGUUUUUUUUGUUUUUUUUUCUGGACAGUUUGCAGGUUUUGGUUUGGGGGGGGGGUGGUCUUUGCGUUUUCUGUUUGACAUAUGCAAUUCAGAUCUGAAGCACACAAAUGUCUCUCUUCAGACCACCAAUGCAGACAUUUACUGUAACUUUAUUAAUUCAGUUUUUUUCCCCCAGGGACAGUUAGAUUGAAGAUUUGUGUCAAAUCUUAGAGGAUGGAUUGGAGACUUGCACAAUCACAGUUAUACUUCCAAUCGGGACACUGAAACAAUGUUUAAAAAAACUAUUUGCUUUAAGAAUUCUCAUUUCCCUCUUUAUUGCAUAUUAUACUCCAGAGAACAUGGACAUUCCCUGUAAUAUAAAUAAAUGAACAUUCCAUGGUUUAUGAUGGAAAGGUGUGGAAAGCC